CUUUCAUUUACCCUUUUUACCAUAGAGGGUCAAAAAUUAAAGUGUUUUGAGGGCAACAUCUUGGGCUAUAUAAAGAGUGGAAAGUGAAGCAACUAAAAUCCAAGAUUUUGGGUUGUUGUCCAUAUCCAAGUUAUUCACUUGAAAAGUUUGAUUUUGGAACUUUAAAAGAGAUGAUGAAAAGGUUGGAGGAGGAAGAGUUGCAUAGAUCACAAGUUAAUGGCGGCGGCAGCGGCCACGGUGGCCGCGGCGAUGAUGAAAAAUGGGUUGCUGAUUCUUCAGUUGAUUACAAAGGGAGAGUUCCUCUUAGAGCUUCUACUGGUGCUUGGAAAGCCUCUCUCUUCAUCAUCGCGAUUGAGUUCGGUGAGAGGCUGAGUUAUUUUGGGAUCGCGACAAGUUUGAUUAUUUACCUAACGAAAGUGCUUCAUGAAGAGCUGAAGACGGCGGCGAGAAGCGUUAAUUACUGGACGGGCGUCACCACUUUGAUGCCUCUCCUCGGCGGUUUUCUCGCCGAUGCUUACUUCGGCCGCUACACCACCGUUCUCCUAUCUUCUAUUCUCUACGUUUUGGGUUUGAUUCUCUUGACCAUGUCCGCAAUUGUUCCAAGUUUCAAAGCAUGUGAAAGUAAUGAUAAUGUGUGUCCAGAACCAAGAAAGAUCCAUGAGAUCAUCUUCUUCCUCGCUAUUUAUUUAAUUUCUAUAGGAACCGGUGGCCACAAGCCAUCUCUUGAGAGUUUUGGAGCCGACCAAUUCGACGAUGAUCACUCCGAAGAACGGAAGAAAAAAAUGUCUUACUUUAAUUGGUGGAAUUUCGGUCUCUGCUCUGGCCUCUUGUUUGGUGUAACCAUCAUUGUUUACAUACAAGAUCAUGUUGGCUGGGGAGUUGCAGAUGUAAUUCUCACGGCAGUGAUGGCAAUUUCUGUCAUUAUUUUCAUCAUCGGUCGUCCAUUUUAUCGUUAUCGACAACCGUCAGGAAGCCCUUUGACACCAUUGUUACAGGUUCUUGUGGCGGCGAUUCGAAAGAGAAAGCUUCCACACCCUUCCAGUCCUUCUUUGUUGCAUGAAUUUUCUAAGACGGCAAAUAAUGCACAUGGAAGGUUCUUGUGCCACACCCAAAAACUCAAAUUUCUAGACAAGGCGGCGGUUUACGAAGACAACGGAGCUCCGGUGGAGAAGCAAAGUCCAUGGCGGCUAACGACGGUGACGAAGGUGGAAGAAAUGAAGCUAAUAUUGAACAUGAUACCCAUUUGGUUAUCCACUCUGCCGUUCGGAGUCACCAUAGCCCAAACCUCUACUUUCUUCAUAAAGCAAGCCGCCAAUUUGAACAGGAAGAUCGGCGACGGCUUGAUUCUCCCGCCGACCACCAUUUUCUGUCUGGCCGCCAUCGGAAUGAUCGUGUCUAUCACCAUUUAUGAUAAGGUGUUGGUGCCUAUGCUCCGACGAACCACCGGCAACGAGAGAGGCAUAAAUAUCCUUCAAAGAAUUGGCAUUGGAAUGCUCUUCGUCAUUGCUACAAUGAUCAUUGCAGCCUUGGUUGAGAACAAGAGACUAAAGGUGGUGGCCGAAAAUCCAAAAACAGGGUCCCAAACAAUGUCGGUAUUCUGGUUAGCUCCACAAUUUCUAAUCAUCGGAUUCGGCGACGGCUUCACCAUCGUCGGCCUCCAAGAAUACUUUUACGAUCAAGUUCCCGAUUCUAUGAGAAGCCUCGGCAUCGCAUUUUACCUUAGCGUAAUAGGCGCCGGAAGUUUUCUCAGCAGCUUUCUCAUUACGGUGGUCGACAAAAUUACCUGCCGGACCGGUAAUACCAGCUGGUUCGGCAAGAACCUCAACACUAGCCGCCUCGACAAGUUCUACUGGCUCUUGGCCGCCGUCUCCGCCGCCAAUCUCUGCGUCUAUGUCUUCAUUGCUCGCCGCUACUCUUACAAGAACGUGCAGCGGCGCGUGGCUGUCGCCGAUUGCUACGAAGGUGAAGCGCGUGAUAAUGGGGACUCUGUGGUUUAGUCACUAAUUGGGGGAAAUUAAUGGACAUCUUAGUUUAUGGUUUUGAGGGGUAACAUGGUAAUUAUGUAUUUAACAAAAAUGAACUUGCUUAUCUAAAUAUGUGUAACCAUUUUUAUUAGUAAUAUGAGAGCCAAUCAUCAUCUAUCAUCUAUGUAGACUUGAUUAUGAAAAUAGAUUAUGUUUUCAUCCUUUA